AACCGGAUGACCUGAGCGCGUCUCCUGCAGGAGUAUCUCAUUGUCGGAAUGAUUUCUGGGACUGGUUGGUGGACGGAGGAUGGAAGCGACAGGAAAAGUUGAGACGGAUAUGGCACCGAGGGAGUGAUUCUGGAUCAUCCAUGGAGAGUGUGAACAAUGAGAGCCAAACCCACCACCAGGGCCACCGGGACCAGCACCAGGUGGUCACGGCGGGAGCGGACAGCCCCGGGCCCGGUGGAGGUCUCAGCCUUCGCGCGCUGACCGGGUGCGUCCUGUGCGUCCUGAUCGUCUCCACCCUGCUGGGUAACACUCUGGUGUGCGCCGCGGUCAUCAAAUUCCGCCACCUGCGCUCCAAAGUCACCAACUCCUUCGUCAUCUCUCUGGCGGUGUCCGACCUGUUUGUGGCCGUGCUGGUGAUGCCGUGGAGAGCGGUGUCUGAGGUGGCCGGCAUCUGGCUCUUCGGCCGCUUCUGCGACACCUGGGUCGCCUUCGACAUCAUGUGUUCCACCGCGUCCAUCCUCAACCUGUGUAUCAUCAGCAUGGACCGCUACUGGGCCAUCUCCAGCCCCUUCAAGUACGAGCGCAAGAUGACGCGCAGGUUCGCCUUCCUGAUGAUCGGUGUCGCCUGGACUCUCUCCAUCCUCAUCUCCUUCAUCCCCGUGCAGCUCAACUGGCACCGCGCGGACGCGGACAACUCGACGAUGGACAACCCGGACGACUGCAACGCCAGCCUGAACCGGACUUACGCCAUCUCCUCGUCCCUCAUAAGCUUCUACAUCCCCGUGGUGAUCAUGGUUGGGACUUACACGCGCAUUUUCCGCAUCGCGCAAACCCAAAUCAGACGGAUCUCGUCUUUGGAGAGGGCGGCGGGGCCCCGUGCGCAAAACCACCGCCACCGCGCGUCAACGCACGACGAAAGCUCGCUCAAAACAUCUUUUAAGAGAGAAACGAAAGUUUUAAAGACUCUGUCUAUCAUCAUGGGGGUGUUUGUGUUCUGCUGGCUGCCGUUUUUCGUCCUGAACUGCGUGGUGCCGUUCUGCGACCUGGAUAAGGUCGGAGAGCCGCCGUGCGUCAGCGACACCACCUUCAGCAUCUUUGUGUGGUUCGGCUGGGCCAACUCAUCCCUGAACCCGGUCAUUUACGCCUUUAACGCCGACUUCAGGAAGGCGUUCUCCACCAUCCUGGGCUGUAAUAAGUACUGCUCCACCUCCACGGUGGAGACGGUGGACUUCAGCAACGAGCUGGUGUCUUACCACCACGACACCACCAUGCAGAAGGAGGCCUGCACCAUGCCGGGACCCGGGGCGCAGAGACUCGCUACUUGCAUGCCGCCGCCGCCUCCGCCCCACACGGGGGCAGAUCUGGAGCAGAACUUUGACAAAGUGUCUGUGAUUUCAGAUGAAUCCCGGAGCCACAGGAACUUGCUGCUUCCUGCCAUCCUGCAGUAUGAAUGCGAGGCGGAGAUUUCUUUAGACAUGAUGCCCUUCAACUCGUCCGGACCCACAGACUGUUAUGUUAUCCCGGGUCAAAUCCAGGACUUGUGAGCACAUUGGACCCAUGAAACAAUUAACACCUUUUGCGUGGUGCAGGACCUCUGUUCAGUUUUGUGCCUCUUCUCUCUAUAUUAUGCACCAGGGACCAGGGGCUUAAGUGGAAGACCUUUGACCUCCUGUUGAUGAUACUGUUAAAGUACAGAUGACCUAAAAGCAGUUUUACCCAGCCUUUGUGGAUUGGACCUCCUCAAAUCAAGAUGGUCUUAGUGUGGUAAAUAGUAAAUGGACUGUACUUAUAUAGCGCUUUUCUAGUCUUUUCGACCACUCAAAGCGCUUCACACUACAGGUCACAUUCACACAACAGUGCUUUCUAGCACAGACACACACAUUCACACACUCCGAUGACAAACAUCGGAGGCAA